UUGCUCCGUUUUUCAAGUGCCAGUCCCCACCGAGGAGCCAGUCCCCAACCGAGGGCCAGUCCCCAACCGAGGCCAGUCCCCCACCGAGGGCCAGUCCCCCACCGAGGGCCAGUCCCCACCGAGGGCCAGUCCCCCACCGAGGAGCCAGUCCCCAACCGAGUGCCAGUCCCCCACCGAGUGCCAGUCCCCCACCGAGGGCCAGUCCCCACCGAGGGCCAGUCCCCCACCGAGGCCAGUCCCCCACCGGACCGAGGCCAGUCCCCCACCGAGGGCCAGUCCCCACCGAGACCGAGGGCCAGUCCCCCACCGAGGGCCAGUCCCCCACCGAGGCCAGUCCCCCACCGAGGCCAGUCCCCACCGAGGCCAGUCCCCACCGAGGGCCAGUCCCCCACCGAGACCGAGGGCCAGUCCCCACCGAGGGCCAGUCCCCCACCGAGGGCCAGUCCCCCACCGAGGGCCAGUCCCCCACCGAGGGCCAGUCCCCCACCGAGGGCCAGUCCCCCACCGAGGCCAGUCCCCCACCGAGACCGAGGGCCAGUCCCCACCGAGGGCCAGUCCCCCACCGAGGGCCAGUCCCCACCGAGGGCCCAGUCCCCAACCGAGGGCCAGUCCCCCACCGAGGGCCAGUCCCCACCGAGACCGAGGAGCCAGUCCCCCACCGAGGGCCAGUCCCCACGAGACCGAGGGCCAGUCCGAGACCGAGGGCCAGUCCCCCACCAAGGGCCAGUCCCCCACCGAGGGCCAGUCCCCCACCGAGGGCCAGUCCCCACCGAGGGCCAGUCCCCCACCGAGACCGAGGGCCAGUCCCCCACCGAGGGACACUCAAAAAUGA